AUGCUCGAGUUUGUGGUCGCUGCAGUGGGACAUCCCCUCAGAGCGAGAAAGAGAUUUAACUGGUUUUGCUCUUCUAUUUUGAAAUCUGCAUGGCCAUAUAAUGUAAGUAGACUAUCUGAUCACACGGACCUACUUCCAGACCUUAAACAAUCUGAGGAUCUGAUCAGUCUCCAACAGCGUUUAUAUGGCACAGAGCCUGAGGAGGGAGUAUAUGAGACGGAUUAUUUAAAACAAGAUGAACAUUGGCCAUAUCAGUGUCAGACUGAAAUUCCGCGCAGUUAUAAUGUAAAUGUCAAAAUAAAUCCACAGGAGUACUAUCAUCUCAAUGAAUUCAUUUCAUCUGAAAAACCAAAAGCCUCCUUUCAGAAGAAAGAUGCAUUUGUUUCACCAUUAAAUAAGUAUAACUUUGAAGAAGAUCUUGGUAGGUUUGAUAUGAGCAAUCAUGGUAAAACCAUGCACAAUAAAAGCACUGUUGACUUUCAGGAUAUAAAAAAUUGCCUUAAUUUAUCAUCUGAAUUAUCUGUCUUAGAUGCAGAUACAUACAGUAACUUAUUCCAAGCAAAACAGAAUUGCCAAACAUAUGACAAUCUUAUUUUGGACGAAACAUUUACCGUCCCGAAGACAACACGCCUAGUAUCAGAUAGAUCUUUCCUAAAAGAUCCCACAUAUAUGCUGGACUAUGAUCACAAGCCAGAUUUUGGAAUGAAAACUCUGCGUGGUAACAAUAUGGCUUUGACUGAUCAUUUUCAAAAGCUCACAUCUAUUCAGGAACAUCAAAAUUCAGACCUAAAGCCUUCCAGCAUUAUGCCCAGCAAUAGCUCAGACAAGUUACCAUGGACAUACGGCCAAAUGGAGAGAAACUCUCAAAACAAGUAUAACAAACAGGUGAAGUCAGGUAUUCUUUUCUCAACUUCUCAGAAAAAUCCUGCAACUGUCUCCAGCUUUUCAAAUUCAUGUUCUCCACACAUGCCUGCUGCCAAUGCCUCAAAAAUUCAUAGUGAAAAUCGCACAUAUUCAUCCUUAGAUUAUGGUUAUAGUAGUGCUGACAAGACACUGGAAGGUUGUGACAGAAUUACAGAGGAACUUAGGUUUGAGUCUGUGGCUGAAAAAAGGCUGAAGACUUUAAAUGGUAAUGUGGCAAGCUUGUACAAUGCCAUUCCACAGCAGAAGCAGAACAUGCCAUUUAGUGUCCAGGAUAAAAGUCUUGAAAGCAUGGUCCAAAACUACAAGGAGUUAUUUAGCAGUGCUCAUGGAUAUAGUAAUAUAAGAAAUGUAAAUGCUGAUAAUAAGUCCCUAAACAGCAGCAAACUAACUCAUCCACAGAAUAUGUAUUUACCCAAUGGACUGAUGAUGGGUGACAUGGGUAGCAACUUCAGUAUGCUCUCUCCCAGUAACUUCAGGUCACCCCUUUCUAAUAACUUGGGUAAUGGCAUCCACCCAGUGAUAGACAGCUAUGAUCCAUAUUCCUAUGAAAAUCAGAGCCAAGUAUGGCCACAGAUCAAUGACCUCUUGCACGGUGAUGCCUGCCUUCAAGGCUUGGCUGCUAUGUUAAGCUCUCAGAGAUCAGUAAAGCCUAGAAGUAUACCUGCAAAUGAACUCCACCUUCGUCUGGAGGAAUCUUACGACCAGUGUAGAGCCCUCGAAAAGGAAAGGAAAAAGGCAGAAUCUCUUCUUCUGAAACAUUAUCCUGGUAAGAAGGUUUCCAGCACGAAUAAUGCGUCUGUCCCAAGGCUUCCUGCCAACCCCUCAAGAGUUGACCGUUUGAUAGUGGAACAUUUACGCGAACAAGCCAAAAUGGUAACUCUGCUUGGAAAAAUGGAACGAUUUCGGAGCUCACCUCUCCAUGCAAACAUCUCCACUGCGCUUGACCGUUACUUAGAGGCUAUUCACAAUGUCCAAGCCCGACGCAAGAAUGAGAUUAUGAAUACAUCCAAUCAUCACCAGAAGCAUGGAAGACUUCGCCAUGAUGACAGAGAUGUCAUCGUUCUUGCCUCUUCGAUUAGAGAAAUGACUAUAGCAACACGUAAGGCUCGAACAGCAUUGUGGUGUGCCUUGCAGAUGACUCUGCCUAAGUCAUCACCUGGACAAAGUACGGGGGAAGUGGAGCGGGUGCUGCAAACUGUUGGGAGGUCACAUGAUCAAAAUUGAGCGCCUUUAUUAUUUUAAAUCUGGCAAAUCUCAAAAUCAGAGUUUUGCUUGAUAUCCUGGUGCUUCUCCACUCCCACCGUCUUGAGUGCUCCAUUUAGAUUGUAUUCAUGUCUUGGUUUUUCCCUUCUGUCGGCAAAUACAUCUAGUAAGACUGAUGUACGUACCGUAGUUACAUUGCUGUUAACUGAGACUGUAAAUAUACCUUUUAUGUGCCACUUAUUUGUAUGGAAAAGUGAUGAAGCUUACACUUUCCCAUACAGUACUUAGGGGGAGAUUUUAUCAAAACUGGUGGAAAACUGGCUUAGUUGCCCAUAGCAAUCAGAUACCACCUUUCAUUUUUCAAAGCUUUUUAGGAAAAUGAAAGGUGGACUUUUGGUGAAUCAGGACCAAAAUGUUUUGCCAGCAAAAAGGAAAAUCUUAGGGCUUUCUUCGAGGCCAUUAUAUCUUACGGACACAUUUGGAUGUGGGAAUAAAAAUGAGAUGUGAAUAUUCCCUCUACUGUAUCCACCAUCUUUCACUACUUGUCCUCUGACCUGGACGUGUCGUGCACUGACCAUCUCAUGUCCCGUGGCCUGCCCGCUGCCUAUGGAAGAGGCAACAUGCAGUGGUGGAAAGAGGCAAUCAAAUCACCAGGAAGAUGGGGAAAUGGGGUGCAUCAGGAGUCCAGCAGAACUCAUAAUCUUUUAAGUUCAAUUGGUUUAUGAAAAUGGACAAAAAACAUUUGUCAGUUUGCAUUUUAUUUAGGAAGGAAUUUUUUCAUAAUUAAGUAUAUUAAAAUGUAACUACCGUGAGGUACUAAUGUAAAAGAAACCACUUUACCCCAACUUGAUGUUAUAUUGGUUACAAUGAUUCAGCUACUGUAUACCUAAGAAGCCUUUGCAGUCUAGCUCACCAUUUAGUUAUGGUUUGUUUUUUUCCAGCCAUGAAAUACGUUCCAGAUCUUAAUAUUUAUUGUGUUAGUUCAAAGGGGUUGUCCGGACUUUUAAUAUUGAUGACUUAUCCUCAGGAUAGGUCAUCAAUAUCAGAUCGGCGGGGGUC